AUAUAGAGAGAGAGCGUCAGAUGGUAAGUGGAGUAGAGAGACAACUAGACCAGCAUGAAGAUCCUGAUGAUUUUCUUCUUGUGGCAAUUUCACCGCGUCAGCGGAAGCCCCGCCCAUCCAUCACCAGCAAUUACACAUAAACCGGAGGCGGACUGGUUCCCGCUGGACUGUCAGGAGAUUCGGGAUCAUGGUCAGCAAGCUGAUGGUGUAUAUAUCAUCUACCCACAAGGAGCACAGCGCCCCCUGCCUGUCUAUUGUGACAUGACCACUGAUGGGAGGAUCUGGACGGUGUUCCAGAAACGUCUGGAUGGCUCGAUGGACUUCCAGCAAUCAUGGCAGGACUAUGUGAAUGGGUUCGGGAACGCCGAUGGGGAGUACUGGUUGGGGUUACAGAACAUUUACCUGUUGACAAUGAACAGAGAGUAUGAACUGAGGGUGGAGCUGGAAGACACGUUGGGGGACACAGCCUUCGCCCAGUAUGGCAACUUCAGCCUUUCCCGUAAUGCCCUGAACCCGGAGAACGAUGGAUACAGGCUGUACCUGGGAGCGUUCACUGAUGGUGAAGCAGGUGAUGCCUUGACUGCUCACGUCGGUCACAUGUUCUCCACUUAUGACAAUGACCAAGAUGGGGACAUCCAAAACUGUGCGGCCUACUGGGGCGGCGGCUUCUGGUACCACUCGCAGAGCUGCGGCGGCGUUGGACUUAAUGGCCGCUACACAGCAAUCAAACCGCUUCAUCACGCUUUUUUCUGGUCGACUUGGGUGGACCUCCCUGAGACUCUGCGGGCCAGCCAGAUGAAGAUGAGGAGGGCCCCCAACUAGAUGGUGGGGGAGGGGUUUUGGACUCCCAUAUGGGACACAAUAACAUAGGAGGUGCACCCUAUGGGAUGGAAGUAGCUCAGAGCAGUCCCAGACUAUUGAUGAUGUAUUCAAUGUCAUAGCAAGCCAAUAAAUACAAAGUACAAUGUA